UUCUCUCGUAUUUAUCAGAAUCUUUUUCUCCAGAAUACGAGUACGGUCUUCUGAGAUUGAUGUUGACGGACAUGUGACCCACCGUGAUCAACCAAACCCAGGUGCUUUUUUUCUCCGGGGUUGUUGUGCGUAUCGCAGCUGAAGAAAUUGUCUCUUCAUACUUGUAAAUCUCUGACGAAAAAACUCUUCCACGCAUUGUGCUUCUUACGUAUCGAUAAGAUCAUUGUUGGUUUCGUGCACGCCUAUGCAGUUUGAGUCGAUCCUCUGAACGAGGUAAGCAAGUUAGGCCUUGUAUCAUUUUCGUUUUUCUGUCGUAGUUGGCUGACCUAUCCAGCCUACUUGUGUCGAGGAUGUUGAUAUCUUUUUUCCAGAAUGGCCCCAAAGGGCAGCCGAGGAAUGGUGCGUUCGGGUUGUCUGCGAGAAUCGUAGCAAUUCUGGUAUGCUCUUUCGCCUCCACUGCGCUGGGAAGUGCUAUUCCCUUUCGUGCGACGGCUUUGCAGAACGGAUAUUACAAUGCGCUAGUAACCGUGUUGACCCAGCGCUUGACCGAUUCUGAUGAUCCGUAUGUGAAGCACGUCGCGGAUGCCUUUCUCAUGCUCGGCCUCCCGUCACCGAUGGAGCACUUAGAGGGGGAUGCGUCUGUUGCCGGUUCUGCAGCCGGUCUGCUGCCAAACGAUAAGUCCCAAUCAGUUCUGCGUUGGAAGGAGCGCUUAGAAGAAUGCAUAGACGCUAUGCUCAUGCCAGAAGAAUAUCAUGAAGAUUACGGUCAUUGGGAUAAACAGUACUGGCAGCUGCUACCGAUCUGCAUGGGUACUUUCUCACUUGCUACUGUAAUUGUCGGCUAUUCAUCUUGUGAUGAGUGGUAUUGCGCUGAUGAGUUCCUCGUGCGUAGACUUGGAUGCUCAGUGUUUACAGCAUGGGUUCGUGUUUGCUAGUGGAUUCUUUCUGGAAUGGCAUACUGUGUGUUUCACUCAUGUUACCCUCUCGCUCGAUCGCCUCUGUCUAGUAAUCAUCUCAAUAUUUGAUGUGGCUAUUACUAUUUUUGGAUCUUCUUUUCUCUUUCACGAUCAUUCAGAGAAUGCAGAGGCAACCCGUGACUUCACAGAGCUCGUGGGGAUGCAGCCAGAGCAAAUGGAGAAUCAAAUGAAGCAGGAAGGAGCUACUAGCAUGGUAGGAGAAUACAUGCGCGCGCACCAUUGGCAUCGCCUGAAUAUGUUGCUCGAAAUGGUGUCCGCAGAAUCAACGCAGCGUGUCCCCAAUUUCGGGCGCGUGCUAAAACGAGCGAAACAAAUAAGCCGACCUGGAGACAUAUUCGCAGGUGCGCAUUCAGGCUUCGUUUAAGUCGUUUUGCUUUAUUUUACAGUUUUCGGAAAUAUGCUCCUUAUUGCUGAUACUAUUGUGAAACGCCCUCUCAAUACAUCUAUAAUAAUUAUAUAUUUACAAGAAGUUGUUGUUGUACAAGUACUAGUCGUCUACUUUGUUCAUGAUCAUCUUCUAUUUCCAAAUGUGUUUCGGAACACACGCUGGGGUAGUAGCCUGAAUUCCCAUUUGUCGUGAUAAUUCCUAAAGUUCUACUCCUGUUUAUUUGAUAAAAAUAUGGUAAUGGUUGGUAAGCUUGUCAAGGUAGUGGGUUUUCCAUCUUCUAACAGUCUUGAUGUAAUAGCCAACUUUUACAUUUACAUCAGCACGUCCUUGUUAUAGUUUUUGUACAGUGUUCUUUCAGGUGGGGAUGACUACGAAGGCGCAGCUGCAGUCUCUGCGUCGAGCGAGAUGGACAAGCUCCUGGUCGUUCCAGCGACUGUUGUGCUACAGAGUUCGACUUCAAAGGAUAUCGUGUGCAAACAUUUUCCGAUCACGCCGAGAAGCACGAAAGCCGACGUCAAAUUUUUCGAUGGCGUCCAAGAUCAGGUGCGUCGCUACAUGUGUCGCCAAGGCUUCGAAGGACCGCCUACCCAUGUCACGAAGCUGCGGUUGUGCCUGAAAGAGACUUGUAAAAAUGCGAUGAAGCCGCAGGAGUCGAGAGCUGGAGGAGCGCUGUCGAUGUCCCGAGGACGUCGAGGGAGCGGUAGUCAGUCGAGCACCAUUGCAGAGGUGGAACUGCAUAGAGGCGAUGUAGCAAGUAGCGGCUCUUCUUCUGGCUCCGCAGCGUGUGUCACUUCCGGCGAUGACACCUUGGCGUCGUUGGCACUGAGGCAUGUGUCAUCAACCGGAAGCUCCAUGUCAACGCAUGAGAACCUGUGUGAGGCACUGGCAGAAGGAGCUAUGCUGUUCGAGAUGAUCGUGCCCUCGGAUGAUUUCGACGAGCGACUAAAAAAAGGGGGUAUUUUUUCACGCUGUUUUGGUUUUCUAGUAAUCUUGAAUAGACGCUUUCCUAAAUUCAUAACCGUGUUAGUUAUCGGAAGAUUGUACAAGUAAUGUUGUUAAUAAAUGAUUCUUCUUGUUAGAAUACUUGAUCAUGCCUUACGCUUACACUUACAAGUUUUUUGGCGACGUCGGCCUUUUUAGCUGUGCGAAGUAAACGUCUAUCGGCCGUGCCAAGUCGGCUAGCCAAUAUAGCUGACACUCAUCGGUGCUUUUAAAUGUUACCUUUACAAGUUUUCAACUGCACGUACGAGCAGGGACUUACGACCCAGCUUAUUGCUGUCGAUACUUUUGUCUCCAGGUGCCGCAGCUCAGCUGGUGUUUUCGCAAAAACUUCCGAAGAGCAGGGAACAAGUGAAGAGGCUUGCGGAGAACCAACGCAACCUCGGUUCCGGCCGUGCCGUCGUUGCCAAGUGCGUCGCGGUAGUCGCCUUGGCCUCCAUGCUUGGUGGUGCUGCUCAUCACAAUAUUGUCUACUGGCAGAAAGACAAAGAGGCUCAAGAUUAAGGCUACACUACACGCACAUCCUUGCCGAGUGUCGUCAGCAUCCCUCGCUCUGUAUGUUGUUCCCAAGGGUAGAAACACAUGCUUCUACUAGAAGCGAUGCUGGUGUCAUGGAGGUCCAGGAUGCGCACGCUUUACUUCCCUUUAACAAUGGUGGGAAGGGAUUGCGACAAAGCAAAAGCAGGAGAUUGAAGAUAUCACUGCAAGGAUGUCAUCCCUAGAGAAAUCAGCGACGGACUGGAAAGAGCUUGCGACGUCAAACUUCGAGUUCCUGAAAAAGCAAGAGAAGGCGUUUCUGAAGCUUCGGAAUGCUUCAGAACAACGCGCGAUGACAUGCGAGAGGGAAUUGGAGAGGAAAGACGCUUAAGACUAUUUCCACAAAAAUUCACCGUUGACUUGUGCAUCUCUGAAAAAUGAAUAUUUCAUUACGGAGAUAUUUGUCUAAAGGUGUAAGGGUCACAAAGUAAUCGUCGAAAAUGAAUUUUUGAUGGCUGCUCUAAGAACAACUGAACGCGGCCUACCAGAUACAACUCGCAGAAGCGUUCGACGCAGAUCUUUUCUUCUUCAAGAAGAUGACGAAAUGGCUCGGGGAGACUUUCGUCCCGCCUGUAUGAAUGCGACGAACUGUUGAGUGCGAUACAUUGGAUGAUGGUACUUGUGAAAGCGGUGAAGGCGCAAGCCAAUUAUACUAUUCGAGAUGCGUGGUACAGUAGGAGCAAAGCGUAAGUAGAAGCGUACGAGUAGAAACGCAGGAAAGAUUGCAGACCGUUUCAUCACAGAGAAGGGCACCAGAACAUCACAGAAAGGGGUCGCAUGGAGGAAGCUACUGCGGAUGAACGAUAAAGAUAUGUGAAACAUGUAAAAUGUAUGUUUUUUUUUCAAAUGUUUGAUUGUAACUAGUAGGUGUGGAGGGAAGUGUCGAAGUCGAACGAACAAGUACUACAACUACGAAACAAAGAAAGAGAAUUUAUGCUCGUAAUGCUACUAGGUAAUGCGAACAACAACAACAUCCCUCUUGUGGAUGAUAUUUUUGGAUGAAUGUCGUUAUUUUUUCUAUCCUCAAGGAAUAAGGUCGUCUUCGUGGUGCUAGUAUUUGGGGGAAAUACACGAAUAUGCUCGAAUUAUGAUGAUAGAGAGGGUACUAUUGAAAAUAUACAAAUAAUGAUUAAACAAUCCCUAGAAUUUGUCUCUGCAUAAUGUUCGUUGUCUCUCUGUGCUUGUUAUUUAUUACAAUCUCUUUAUCGUGGGAGUUUGUGUAGUUUGUGUAUGAUAUCUACCACUUCGAUUGCACACUCGUAUUGCAAUCGCCACAACGGUGAUGUAGACAGUAAGACUGCUCAUUUGAUAAAUUGGCUUGAUAGAAGAAUCAGAAUGCCAUACCCAUAUUAGCUAGAAGAGGUCCGCUGCCCUUGCUGAGAUCUAAGCUCUUCUCUUUAUCUUCUACGAAGGUACCUAAAUGUCAAACGGCCACUUCAAUUCUGGAACAAGAAUAGGUCACGAGGUAGUAUGACGUGACAUGACUGAAAUGACACGAUGAAGAACCCCUGGGCCGCAGCUCAUUAAUGAAAUACUGGGCAGAUUGUGGAGAGGCAACACUCUUUCAUGACAUUAUGAAGAGGCAAUUCGUCGGAGUUACAGGUACCAAGGACGCACUUUUUCACAUUAGUUUUGUUUCAGAGAUCUUUCGUG